AUGAAAAGUGGCUUUGCAGCGAAUGUGCCUGACACGGGGGCGAGACCAUUUUCAUUUCUCGACGCACCGCCGGAAUUUUUCGUGGCGACACGUUCGCCCGUUACACAUGCGCCACAGCAGCGGCCUAAAGCGUCGAAGGAAUGCUACAGUGUGUAUGGCUCCACCGACCCGGUGGACGACUUGGCACGGGUGCCCUCCGCGGAGGACAUGACGCUCGCGGACCACCAGCGCCAACUGCCGCGGCUGCCAAUCCCCCAGCUGCAGGACACGUGUGCGAAAUUCCUGAAGUCUGUUGAGGCUAUUGCCUCAUCGAUGGAAUACUUCGUCGUGAGAAAACUCAUUGACGAGUUCGAAGCACCUGGUGGAGUGGGAGAAAAACUCGACGCGCUCCUACGUGAUUGGGACAAGCGCUGCGAAGAGCCAAGCUGGCUGGAAGACUUCUGGGACGACGCAUACCUCUGCCCGCGGGGUCCCAUUCCGAUCAACGUGAAUUAUUUCUUUGGCUUCAGCGCCCACCCAAAUGCGAGUGCCAUGACACAGAUUGGCCGAGCCGCGAGUUUGCUUCACGGCGCAGUGGCAUACCACCUUGAAAUACGUAAUGGCACUUUGUUAUCCGAAUACGAGCGAGAAAAGCCUGUGUGCAUGAGUCAGAACCGCUUUCUUUGCUGCACAUCGAGGCUACCUGGAAGGAGGCGUGACCGCAAGGUGUGCUACUGUGAUCUCCCCGCCUUGACAGAGGAUGAGCUGCAGUCUAAGAGUGUGGAAUUCGUCUCCCUCCCACACCCACCGCGGCAUUGCAUUGUGAUACAGCGCAACCGCUUCUUCGUUGUGGACGUACUGCAUGACGACCGUACAGCCAUUGACAUUGAGGACCUCGUUGUAGCAUUACGGCUUAUUCAGGAGAAAGUUGAACACAAUGAAGAGGCGGGCCCACCUGUCGGCCUAUUAACGACAAUAGAUCGCGCCCAGUGGUUCGAGGCGCGGGAACACCUUAAGGAGUUGGGCAACUACGAGACACUGCGUGCGAUUCAGUCCGCCAUCAUCUGUCUGGCGCUUGAUAGCGUGGAGGUGGUCACGUCCGACGAGGCCGCCCGCAUAUUUCUCCAUGGCAGUGGUACCAACAGGUGGUUUGACCGCCACAACAUUAUUGUGACGCGUGAUGGUUGGGCAGGCGUUAACUGGGAGCACUCCGUCUCCGACGGCACGGCAACGCUGCGUUUAGCGGACCGCAUGUAUAAAUCUGACUGUGAACACAACUUCACAAUGGAGACAAUUGCGACACUUAUGACAGACAGGUCUCGCCGCACCCGGGCUGCCGCACGCAUCUCCGAGUUGGAGUGGAAGCUUGACGCGCAGGUGAAUGCAACAAUGCGGGAGGCAUUUUUCAACUACAAAGCAAUGAUCGAAGUUAACGAGACUGUUGUUCUGCGGUUUCGCGACUUUGGUGGUGCUUACUUGAAGGAAGCCAAAGCGUCACCGGAUGCAUUUGUGCAGCUGGCUUUUCAACUCGCGUACUACCGUAUGUUCGGCCGCACGUGUGCCACGUACGAGGCGGCGAGCACGCGAACAUUUCUGCACGGCCGAACGGAGUGUGUGCGUAGCGCCACUAGAGCCGCGCUGGAUUUCUGUCGGACGGCUUCCGAGCCGAUAUUCUCCAAGCGUGUGGGAUCAGUUGUACCCACACAGCGUGCGCUGCUGCGAGAAGCCAUGAUACAGCAUGUUGAAAACAUGAAGCAAGCGAAGAACGCACACGGGAUCGACCGCCACCUCCUUGGCCUGCGGCUGCAGGCGGUGAAGCACGGCAUUUCCAUCCCGGACAUAUUUGAAAACAUUGUCUUCAAGCGCUCUGCACAUUGGCUUAUGUCCACCUCGCACUGUGGGAGCGUCAGCCUGAGCUUGUUUGGCUUUGGGCCUGUGGUGGGCGACGGCUUUGGCAUCGGCUACAUGAUCAAGAACGACCAUAUUGAUGUUUGCAUCACCUCCAAGUACACUCAGCCCUUUACGAGCGCACAGAUCUUCGCCACAACUCUGAAGUCAUCGCUGCUGCACAUGGCAGCCAUUCUUGAAAGUGAGUCGGCGCACAACCGGGCGGAAGCGCGCACCAUGCUCUUCACUCACCCUACAGGCUUUAAUGAUUUCAAGUAUGAUCCUGAAGAAGGAUUUGUCUACACGAGUUACCAAAUGAGCGACAUGCAGAGAUCCUCCAGCUCCAUGAUGAUACCGCAGUGA